GUUUCGCGCUUUCUGAACUCCCGACGUUUUGCAACAUUGCAUCAACAUAACACAAUCCAUCCUUGAUAUGGAAUGCAGAGGGCGGUUUGACAGCCCAGCGCAACCCCCUCCGCUAGGAUUGAUUUACGCCUGCCCUGACGCUUUAUCAGCCUGACGAAAAAAGUUUGACCAAUCAUUUUGCUGGAAGCUCCCAACCCGGCAGUCCCGACUGUACUUUUUCUUGGCUAGGAAGUUGAUGCUGGAGGAGAAAAGGGGGUUAAAGGCAGAGUGUCGCCUGUGGUUUCUUUCUUUUUUCUUUUCCCCCCUUCUUUUUAAAUUUUUUUAAAAUGCUUCCCCUCUAUAUACCCUAAUACUUAUAGAGCCUGCUUAACUACAGAUCUACUCCUCUCUCUCUCUUUUUUUAUUAUCGCUUGCUUGCUUUUUCCCCUUCACUGAACCGUGGGGCUCGUAUGAUGUCCAAGAAUGUCCAUUUCUGGAACUCUUAGCAAUUAUUAUGUCGACUCCAUUAUAAGUCAUGACAGCGAAGACUCUCCCGCCGCCAAAUUCUCUUCCGGGCAGUAUUCAAACUCCAGACAAACUAGCCACAGUGAACACCUCGAGUUCCCCUCUUGUAGUUUCCAGCCCAAAUCCUCCGUUUUCAGCGCUUCCUGGACGCCACUGACGCCACACACGGCUGCUACCCUUCCUUCGGUCUACCAUCCUUACAUCCAGCAUCAAAACGUCCCUACCUCCGAGAGCAGGUAUCUACGGAGCUGGCUGGACCCCGUGCCCCGAGCAGAGAGCAUAGCAGCCGGGCAGGGACCAGUUAAAACAGAGCCGCUGCUGGGACACCCCGGGGAGAUCCGUAAACAGGGGACACAGGAGUACCAUUUAGAAACUUCUGCUGGAAGGGAAGGGAUCGCUUCCAAUCAAAGGCCCAGCUUCGAGGACAAUAAAGUUUGCGAAGGAAGCGAGGACAAAAGCAGGCCAGAUCAAACCCCGGGACUGAAGAUAGAUAAAAAUCUUACCCAAGAACCCUGCUCGAUUCCAGAGGCCCAGGCUGCCCAAGGGCGUCCUGUGCAAUCUAGCUUAGAAGGUAACCCUGCAGCCAACUGGUUGCACGCUCGCUCUUCCCGGAAGAAACGAUGCCCCUACACCAAGUACCAGACCUUGGAACUGGAGAAGGAGUUUCUGUUCAAUAUGUACCUCACCAGGGACCGUAGACACGAAGUGGCCAGGCUCCUCAACCUGAGUGAGAGACAAGUCAAAAUCUGGUUUCAGAACCGAAGGAUGAAGAUGAAGAAAAUGAACAAGGAGCAAGGGAAAGAAUGAUGCUUUCCUUCUCCCUUUCCACACCCCUCCCUCUUCUCACCCCCAAUUUUGGCCCCGUCUCGAAACUUAUAUGCUGUAUAUUUAUGGGCACUGACUUCCCAGCGGUGCUUCAGAUAGCAACGAAACCACGCCAGACCCGAACAGACCACCGUGGUUUGCAUGCAAAGGGUGCCCAUAAUAGGAAUGCACCUGUUUUCAUCCCGUUGAGUCUUUCUCACUGUUAAAGAUUAUUGACGAGGUAACGCCAAUUUGGGGGCACAUGUUUGUUUGUUUGUUUGUUUGUUUGUUUGUUUGUUUGUUUGUUUGUUUCCCCUUUGGGUGCAUGUGUUCCUUCUACCGAGAUAACUGAGAGGGUCCCAUCUAUGCACAUGUCGUUCUUUCGGAUAGUCCUUAUAGAGCCCCUCAGCUGGUCCCUCUAAUGAUAAUAAGCAUCUACAUCUGACGAGUGCUCUGUCCCAAACACAAGGCACCUUCCAACCUGGGCUCCCUCUGGGCAAACUGCUUAGCAAUGAACGGAGGAGGCAACAGUGGAGAGUCCUGGGACCGGGGAAUUGUGCCUCUCAUCUUAUAUUCCUUUUCCUAUGGAGGGGAGAUGGCCACAUCGCUCUCCACGGAGCAAAAAGCGAAUCCAGUAAGGAAUAUUAAGUGAAGGGAACCAGUUAAACUCACCAACUUUUCGAGGACUUCGCCUCCAUUUCUUGAGGGUCAGAAGAAGUCCCAUUGCGCAGGGAACCCGCACCCCACCCUUCCUUCACAUAUAUUCAAAUGGGGCAGGAGAGAGGUUUAUUACUGAGACAGGGAUGCCAUUUUCACAAAUGAAGCCCACCGCCUAAUCAAGGGCGCAAGGGAACCAUCCCGAGGCCAAACAGGGCGCAGGGCUUUUGCGAGGCCUCCCCUUCCUUGCGCAGGAGAACUUCCCCACAGCCACCACCGCGUUGUGCUUCUCCUUUCCCACGAAGUUUGGUUUUAACUUUUAAGGAGACGAGCCAUGUUGAGUUUUGGGGACGGGGCGCACGCUGGCUUUGCAAAAGUGAAGAGAAGGCUGUUCCCACCUGUGCUCGAUUCUUUAUCAUUUGCAGUGAAAAUGAAUUUCCGUGAAACCUUUCAAGGGCCAAGUGUGGGAUGGGGGUCCCUGGGUCUUCCUUUCGCCCCACUCGCCCAUCCACCCUCUCUUUCUCCUUCAUCCAGACUUCUGCUGAGAAGUUUUGAUACUUGAAUGUUUCAAGGGAUGUUUUCCCUUAUACCCCAUUGCUCCUGGAAGACAUAUAUAAAUCCAUCUUUCAUGUUCACUGCCCCACAGAUAGACAUCCUCACUGUUUACAAAAAGGGGACGAAGAAAGAAUUAUCCAUUUCAUACUCGGAAAAAGGGGGUGAUCGUAUCUGUAAUCUCUGCUGGGGUCCUACCCCACUCCCUUUGAAAUCGCCCCACAUGGGGUUCUGUUUCCCCAUGUGUUUAAAAUAGUUUUAUCCCCACCCGACUCCUGUCCACCUUUGGUAGGACUUGGGAGGGGGAAGUAGGUAGGUGAGUAACUUUAGUACAAGGUGGUUUUACGGCGCGUACGGAUUUUCGUUCUUUUGUUUGUUUUCAUAGAGGGGGGGGAUGUGUUCGUGGUUGUGCUUUUGUGAACGUUCCGCUUGUUUUCUGUGGCUUUUAGGAAUAUAAAAAUGGGGUCUGUACCUGUUAGUUCCAGAGCUGGCGAAAAAUAUACAUAUAGAAACACGCCCCCCCACCCGCUUCAAGCCUUCGUAUAACCCCCACCCCCUUCUGAUUUACCACUUCUAGAAAGGACACCUUUAUGUGGUGGAAAAGUUUUCCUAGAAAAACAAGGGGGGUGGGAAAUUAGGUGGGGAGAGAGAGAAGAAAUUAAUGUCUGUCUUUCGGAAUGUUUCGAGACAAAACAGUCCCAGCAGAGAAAUCUAAUUUCAUAGAAUAUUAUAUAGGACUUUUAUACCAUUUUUGCCUGCUGAUAAGCAGUUGUGCUUUAGAGAUUUGAUAGGCAUAUUUUGAUCUUUCGACAUGGCCUGGCCUGGUUUGCAGGCUUUUCCUGAGGCGGGAAGGAAAGAAUCCUUUUAGGGUUUUUAGUUCAGCGUCAAAGAAAACAAAAUCUGCAUUUUUAAAAUAAGAGGGUUUUUCUUUUUUUGGGGGGGGUUCCCUAUCACUUUCUCUUAGAAUCUUCCCGUCCUGUCUAAGUUAUUGGAGGGUGGGGAGCUUGCAGGAGUGAUAUUCGACGAGGCAAACUAUAAGCGAAUUCCUUUUUAUAAAGGUUAAACUUUAGAGGGCCCCAGUGGCUUAAAUUAGUCAAACUUCACCUUGUCUUAUAAAACCAGUUCCCUAAUGGAAUUUCCAAGGAAGCGUCCUAAUUCCGCCCCCCUCCUACUAAGUAUAAAAUCGGAGGUGUUUUGUUUUGUUUUAGAUUGUAUUUCCCUCAUUGGAGUGUAUUUUGAGCCAGCUGGGGUUGGGUAGAAUUCUGCGGUUUUGUCUGUUUCGGUUUUUUAACUCGCUGGUGCACUAAGUGAAUCUGAAACCCGACAGGACGCGGAGAGCAUCUUUCAAAAUAGCCCGGGACCCCCUUUCAGCGCUAACAUUCACAUUUUGUAAAGAAAGCCUUCUCUAUAAAUGUAUUAGCAUAUUCACUCAUUUUAGCCAUAGGCUCAUUCCUAGACCUUAUUAGUGAAGACAAGAGAAGUUUUUUAAAACCGCAUUUUUGCUAAAGCAUGGAUUAAUAAACAGAAUUAAAUUUUAAAAAUAAAUAAAUAAAACUAGCUGAUUUCGUUAGAGGAAACUCUGUUCUUAAGAGUGAGAGGAAAUGUUUGGAAAAACCUUCUGUUGUUUCUUCUGUUCCACCGGUUCAAAAUGUAUUUUCCACAGCUGUUUAAUGCCUCAAAAUAAAAACCGAUUUUAGGGAAGGGAGACCCCUCUACCUAUAUCUCAUUGUGUUAUACUGCUUCUUCUAGAACUUCAGAAUAUUUGCAACUGUGUUCGUUCGUUUGUUUCCUUUACUGGCUAUUAAGGGUGUGUUAUAAAGAUAGUUUUGUAUUGUUUUGUUUUCGUUUGGUCAGUGGCUCCCCCUUUUUUUUACGUCACUAAGAAAAGCUGAUAAUGAUUCAAUUUCGGCGCGUUUUUGUUUUCUUCCCGUGUGAAAUCGGUUGCAUCUAUAAACCCAUUCAGCAAAACAGAAAUAAAGCGGUUCUCCGUCUUUCCAUUUGUGGCGAAAAGAGUCGUUAUUAUUACUUUUUUAAAGCCAAGAAAAAGAAUGGACGGACGGAUGAAUGAAUGGAUGGAUGGCUGGGUGAAUGAGGGAAAGGGGGGGGAAGUAUGUGAGUGAGUUAAUAUUAUGUUUACACAUUACAAUUUGAGAGGCUUCUACAUGCAAUCCAAUGAGGGUGAGGCGAAGGUUCUUUUUCAGGACUGGGAAGAAGUAGAUCCAGGAUCCCCUAACUUACAUUGGAGUUGAAAAGAAAUAGAAAAGAAAAAAAGAAAUAUAAUGCAGCUCUGAUAAACAUAUCUUGCCUUACAACUCAUUCGCACGGCCAAUAAGCUUUCAUGUAAUGAUCCUUCCCCAAAGUGACUUGUCCUACAUAUUUCAAUUAGAACCAUUACCAACUGGGAAAGGGAUAUCCAUGUGCUGUUUUUAAUAGUGUUUUUCAAUUACCCACGACCAAAAAAAAUCUAAAUAAUGAGGCCAGAAACAAACCAACCAGGAUUUUCUUAUAACACAAACCUUGAAAUGUAAAGUUGGCUGAUGUCAAAAAUAAAAAUAAACGCUCUGUUUUGAUCAUG